AUGACCGCUGCUCGGAUGUGCGUCGAGUGCGAGGACACGGAGGCCGCCCUCGCGUGCUCGGACUGCGGCGACGUCUACUGCGACCUGUGCUACCAGGCGCAGCACCGCUCGGGCCACCGGCAGAAGCACCGGUCGACGCCCUUGGCGGUUGACGUCCCGGCGUCGUCGACACCGGCGCGCCCGACGCCGUCGCCGGUGAGCGAGACGAUUUCGCCACCUUUGGCGAGCGUCGUGGUCGUGACCGAUGACCCGAUGAGCGAAACGAGCGAGGCGCCGCCGGUCGCGCGUGGUGUCGCGACCAAAGAGGCGCAGGUGCUGGCCGGUCGCGCCAAGUACAUUCCGAUGCGUCUCAGUGACGCGGAGCGCGUGCUCUUCAACCUCCUCGACGCGUCGCUCAACGUGUCCGAGUACACGGACAAGGUCGACAUCCUCUCGUACCGGUCGCCUGUGAAGCGCAUUCUCACGGAGCUCACGGACCUCUUCAACAUCAUGUCGGGCAUGAUGGUCGCGAGCGACUUCCGCAACGGCAAGAAGAAGGUGCUGGACCGCGCCUACAUGGACAACGCCGACUUCUUCAAGGCCGUCUUUGAGAUUGGGCGUCGCUACAAGAUCAUGAACCCCGAGCGCAUGCGCAACAACUAUGGCAAGAUGAUUUACCUCUUGCAAGAUGCGAGCAUGCAGGAGGUCGAAGGGUACUUUGAGUUUUCGUGCAUUGAAGACACGCACACGGUGCACUCGUUCCUCGAGGCGCGCAACGGGCUCGAUUUGCUCCUCGACGCCGACGUCCCGGUUGCGACCCGGUCGAUCUCGGACACGAGCGCCCACGCGGCCGUCCAGCGCCAAGAAAAAGCCGCGGCGAUCGCGUCGCUCUGUGCCCAUUAUGCGACCAAGGACUUGACGGCCGACGACAUUAAGCUCUGCCUCGCGUCGAUCGACGACAACAACAGCUACCUCGCGCUCAACUGCGACCCGAUCUCCAAGAUGCAAGCGUACCUGGAGCACUAUUUUUUGACGCCGUCGGGCGGCUUUGCCCUCGAUAUUCGCGCCGGCCGCAACGGCGCGCGGCUCACGCACAACCACAAGACGCAGUUUGCUACGCACACUCAAGUGUCGCGCAUUCUGAGCCCGAUCGUCCAAACUGUCGAGUACAUUGGCCGCAUGGAGCACGAUGCCAACACGGCCGUGUACAUUGCGAGCAUGGGCGGCGCCGAGGCGCUCCGGCAGACGAUCCUCUGCGACUUUUUCAAGCACGGCUUUGACGGCAGCGGCGCCGACAACUUCUUUGAUGCGGGCUCGUGCAUUGACGGCCGCCUCACGAGUGCGUGGAACUGGUGCUCCAAGAUUGAGAAGAAGCCCUUUUACCACAUCUUCCUCAUGGCCGGCUUUGUGGGCUUUGACGGCAGCUUUGAAAAGUAA